AAAUACCCAGGAAAAAGAGGGUAAAUCAUGUAUGAAAUCAAGAAAUAUGGGUGUGAAAGAUGAAGAGCAAUGGAAGAAAUAUGUAGAAGAAGUGAAAAAAAAGAAAAAAAAAGAUUCGGAGGAGAGGAUGUGUAUUUUAGCACGAAUUAAUGCAGAUAAAGAAGAAAGGAAAGCAAAAGAACAGUAUAAGAUUUCGGCGCGUUCAGUUGAAGUUUCUAUAUCUACAGAGGACGAAAAUUCUCAAAAGAAUAGUAAAAAUAUAUGCCUUUUAAAUAUACGACUUUUAAAUGGAUUAUCUAUUCAAGCUAAACAUUUUACAAUUAAUGAUACAUUGAAAGAUGUUCGAAUAUGGAUUGAUGAGAAUCGUACAGAUAGUAAGAUACCUUAUGACCUAAUUCAAGUGUAUCCGAAAAGGUCGUUUAGUAUUUUAGAAGAAGCUAAAACAUUGGAAGAAUUAGACUUAUAUCCUAGUGCAACACUAAUUUUAAAGCCUAUAAAGAAUGCGGUAACAGCAUAUGUUAAUUUAGAUAAAGGUUAUUUUUCUAGACUAAUUGGGGCCUUUGGUUAUUUUAAAAGUAGUAUAUACUCAGCUUUUGGUUGGGCAUAUUCAAUUAUUAAUAAAAAUAAACCAAUUAAAAAGAUGGAACAAAAUAAAAAAGUGCACUCUUUAAAUGAUCAGCGAACAUCAAGUUUUGAUAAUAGAAAUAAAGAUAAAAAUGUCUGGUAUAAUGGAAAUGCGCUUGAUCAAGAACCUCCUAAAGAAAAGAAUAAUUAAAAUUAGUUUUCGAUUCUUUCUCUUCAAUAUAUAUAUUAUUUGCAGC